AUGCGUCCUAGAAUAACCUGGGGGCCGCCAGGAACCGUCCGGGACUCCGUGGAUGCCGAGGAAGCCCCCUCGUCCAUAUUUAGGACACGGUACGGUAAACGCCUGGACCGGGCAGCUCCUGCACCGGGCUUCGGGUUCCGUGGUAUUGGUGGUGGUUCGCCAUCUCCUCCUGGGCUGCAGCCUUGCGACAAGCUUGUUCGGGGAAAUCCCCCGCGCAUGGCGACGGCCCCCGACGGCGAGACACCUUUUGCCAGGUAUGAACGUCACGUAACGUACACAGUAGCCGAGGCGCCGAGCAUUUGA